AUGGCGAAAGAAGACGGCGACCCGGGCGUCGAAGAUGCUGCCUUGCAGGUCAUUGUCCUCGGCUCAGGAGGCGGACCGCAGGAACACAAUGUUACAGCACUCCUUGUGCGAUCCGUCAAGUCGGGCUGGGCUCGAGGCUCUAUCGUAGCCCUCGAUGCAGGCGUCCACCUGUCCGCCAUCACCAGAAUUCUUGAGGAGACCCAGCCACGUGGCCUCGGCACUGAUGUUGCCCUGCCUCACACGCUGGGAGUUGGUCCCUUCGCGGGCAUGCAGCUCACUUCUGCAAAGGCGUCGGCCAAUGCUGGUUACAUCACACGCCACCUUAUUGACACAUAUCUUAUCACCCAUCCCCAUCUCGACCACAUCAGUGGCUUUGUUAUCAACACCGCAGGACUUCCCGGAUCGAGACCCAAGCGACUAGCAGGCCUGCCGUCCACCAUAUCUGCCUUCAAGUCGCACAUCUUCAACAACGUGAUUUGGCCCAACUUGUCUGACGAGAACAACGGCGCCGGUCUAGUAACCUACAUGCGUCUUGUCGAGGGAGGAAGUCCAGCACUUGGCGAAGGAGAUGGGAAGGGCUACCUGGAGAUCAGCGACGGUCUUUCCGUAAAGCUCUUCAGCGUUAGCCAUGGUCACUGCAUUGAGAAGCAUGCGCACCGGGGUUCGGCUUCAUCAUCGCGCUUCGAAAGUAUGGACGCCUCAUCGAUGCCCAUGGCGUCCCCUCGUGGCGCCCCCGGUAGUAAUGCCGCCUCGGGUCCAUCUCCGUUCUUCAGAUCUUCCGGCAUGGGACACAGCUCCGUCAGCCAGGAGAAGGACUCGAUCUGUGUCUACGAUUCUAGCGCAUACUUCAUCCGCGACGCAGCAACCGGUCGAGAGGUACUCAUGUUUGGCGACGUGGAGCCUGACAGCAUCUCCCUGUCCCCCCGUAACCUCGGAGUCUGGCAGGAAGCGGCCCCCCGUAUCGCCAAUGGAAAUCUGAGAGCUAUCUUCAUCGAAUGCUCCUAUGACGAUAGUCAGACCGAAGAUAGACUGUUCGGUCACCUCACACCGCGCUUCAUAAUCGAGGAGAUGAAGACACUCGCGGGAGAAGUAUACAUGGCGCGCCAGCCACCAGUUAAGCUUGAACUGAAUAAGAAGCGCAAGCGAGAUUUAGAGGAAGGCACUAGACGGUCGAACCGAGCCGCUGCUAGAUCCAGUGGUGACGAGAACCCUGUAUCGCCCAAGACAACGCGACCGGCCAAGAGAAGCUCAGGAGGUUCGGUAUCGGGAACCAGCGAUCACGGCAUCGACACGCCUCAUAUCGCAACCCCGACCGCGGAAAUGAGUCUCCGGGAUUCUGGAGUUGCCGGCGCAGGUUCCUCCUACGCGUCGUCGCAGGCUUCGGGUUCUCUGAGUGGCUUGAAGGUCGUCAUCAUACAUGUCAAGGAGAAGCUCGACGACCACACCCCGGUUCGAGACAUUAUCCUGAGCGAGCUGCUCGAGCACGAAGAGGAGGCCCAGCUGGGCUGCGAGUUCAUCAUCUCAACCAUGGGGCAAAGCUUCAUGCUAUAA